ACCGGCCUGCAAUCCGGUCGCAUCGGAAAAAACGCAAAGUUUACGAGCGGCGUAAAUUCAUCGUCUUUGACAUUGCCAGGGAUGUAUUCGAAAACGUUUCAUCUCCGGAUCGCAAUGUCGUCAUCUCAAGACUGCGCCCGGCACUCGUGGAGGAGAAUUUUGGUUCAGCAUGGCUGACGUCGCGACAUCGUAGGGAGAUUCUUGUGCGAAUACUAGUGCGAACGAUAUAAUUCGGGGGUAAUUUCCUCGGAGAUGAUCUCUCGUUCUACGCUUUUUUUUUGUAAAAUUCGCAAGGCACGGCGAGAGUGGAAACGAAAUGUGUUUGGACGGCCCACGCAUGGCCGUUUCGGCUAAAUGAUGUCGGAAAAUGCCGGCUCCGAGAUGCCCGCUCCAGCAUCCGGUUCCUCCGAUAUUCUUUCCGCCACCGUUUCGUUUACCGAUUAAAGCGGGAAAAGCGGCGAAAGUGAGUUUUUUAAAAUAAAUUCGAUGUAUCAUCAACAAGUUCCCCUCGUUAAAGAACUGGGCCAUCCCUCUGGGAGUAGAUUUUAAAUGUCAUUGAUCGCGCGACCUUCGAUGAAAUUUCUCAUAUCAAUUGUCACAUCACCGCUUCUCGCCAUCGCUAAAGUGAUCGAGUUCUGGCUAUUCUUCAGCUUGAAAUGAGAGUGAUCUUCAUCGUGCAAUGCGUGCGCGGAUCGAUUCGCGGAAAAUGUGAUGUGUGCGUGAUUCGAGAGUGCGCGCCCGAAAUACGGCGUAGAAUAUGUUUCGUGGUGCUCGUGGCGCUCGCCGUUAUGUGGAUAUACCUGAAGAAGCUCUUUCCACUUGCCCUCGACGUAAAACAGAGAAGAUCAUCCAUUCCUAGGAUGGAAGCGGAGGACGACGAGGAGGUCAAUGACAGUAAUGAGAGAUGCGACGAAUCGAGCGAAGUUUGGGACUGUGUUGGGGGCGGCGGCGGAGGUGACGAGGGCGGAGGAGAUGAGCAGCUCUUUCAGAUCAGCCGGCUGCAGCAACACGCCACCUCGGAAACUAGCUUCAACCGGUAUCGAAGAAGGUGUCGUCGAAGGAGGUUGCAACGCGCGAUGGAGGAGAGAUUCGACGAAUAUCUCUCGAGACAUUGUUCUACCAAAUCGAACGACCCGAGAGGCGGAUGGACAUUGAGACUGCUACGACUAAUACGACAGCUAUUCGCGACGCGAGAAAUACGCAGCUAAGGCAAAUGGUGGGCCGUAUAUUGGUGGAAAUGUUCCGCGCGGCAGUCAACAAUAAACUAACAUUGGUUGUCGAAGAAGUUAUGCAGCAUGUACAGCUUAUCAUUGACGAUAAUGAUGCUUUGGUUCGAUCGGAUUUGGUGGAGCAAAUCCCGAAUGUGGCGAACAUCUGUCUCGAGGCUCCGGAUCUCUUCGGAGAUGUUCUUCGCGAUCAUUUGCUCGGUAUUAUAAUAAAGUACCUGAGCGAUCCGGACAACCAGGUACGACAAAUGGCUCAAAACGCUCUCAUGACGAUCGUGAAGCGAGGUCUUCUCGAUAAUAAUACAAUCGAGCACGAAAUCUGUCCCACGAUAGAACAUUUGUCCUAUAUAUCGGCCGACGAGCAUCUUCGUAACGCAAACAUCUCCCUCAUGUGUCGACUAGCACCGCUGAUUGGUAGCGAACUUACAGAAAAGGUCUUUUUAAGACAAUACUUGGAUUUGUGCGAGAGUAACGAUAUGAUGGUGAGGAGAACCUGUGCCACACAUUUCGGGGAUAUGUGUGUUGCCGUGGGAAAGGAAAAACUGUAUAGCAAAUUGAUUCCUACCUUCGUCGAUUUGUGCGGUGACAGAGUGUGGGGCGUGCGAAAAGCGUGCGUUGAGGUCAUGAUGCCGGUCGCUUGCUGUUCGACACCGGAACAACGCCGAUUAUUACUAGCGGACAUAUUAGCUAAGCAUUUGAAUGACGAUUCCAAAUGGGUGCGAAUAUCGGCUUUUCAGAUACUCGGACCGUUCAUAUCGACCUUCGCCAAGCAAUUUGCCGAUGUCACUUAUAAUAAACACGGCGAGUUAGUAUACACUAGUAAACAAGAUAAUCAUUUCAGCAUAUGUUAUUCAUACGAAGGAAUCUUUCCUACAAAGAGCGCGAUGAAAAAUCAAAUGUCUGAUAUGGAUGAUAAUAGCAAAAGUCUUAUUUAUCUGCCUCUGCCUCUAAAUGUGAGACAUGAUAAUGUUAAAACAGCGGAUUCCUCGGAAGGGAAUGAUUCUCAGAAGAAAGAAGAAAAUCCCAAUUGCUAUUUACCUUUACGAUUUGUUUCAAAAUUCCAGGCCAUGCGAAAAAAGCGUAAACCUUUUCCUUUGCUCAAGACAGAUAUGGACGAUACGGAGAAUUAUAAUCCAUUUUUGUAUUAUUACAUCCCUCCGGAUAUAAUAUUGGACGAUGAACUUACUCACGCUGCAAGACAAUCAGCGAUGAAUCGUAGUAACGCUAAUAAGAAGAAAGCAUUGGAAAGAUUAAUUUUCCGACGCAAAGUCGUAUAUAACGAAACUCACACUUUUCCAAAUUUGAGUGAUGAGGAGAACUCGAAUACGGAUGGGCAAUCUGACGUCGAUAAGCUCGAUAAUCGAAAGGAGGAAACAGACGACGAUGAUGACGGAGAUUGCCUACCGUUAUUGCAAAACACGACGGAAUCUUUGGACGACUCUCCAGAUUUACGGACGAAUUUAUGGGCUCAAUACUAUAAUACUCUAUGUCAUAUAGAUUCUAUGGAUAAGAGUGACGAGUCCUGUGAUUUCAGCAAGAAUUUAGACGCAAAGGAUAACGGGCAACAGAUUGUACCUCAGGAAUUAAUCAAUUACUAUGUAUCAAUGGCCGAUCCGGAGCAAUGCGUAGACAUGGGUGCCGAGAUCCCACAUCAUUGUGCCUUCAGUUUUCCCGCAGUCACUCUCACGCUGGGCACGGAGAAUUGGCAUUAUUUGAAAAAGGCUUAUCAGUCGUUGUCGAGCGCGAAACAUUGGAAGGUCAGACAUACUCUGGCGUCCAGCAUUCACGAGAUCGCCAUAAUUCUAGGCGAAGAACUCACUGCCACCGACCUCGUGCCGAUCUAUGAUGGUUUCAUCAAGGAUCUGGACGAGGUCAGAAUAGGUGUACUCAAACACCUCGCGACCUUUUUGAAAAUACUCAAACCCUCCGAUCGCUGCCAAUAUCUGCCGAGGUUAAGCGACUUCCUCGCCACGGACAACGAAUGGAACUGGAGAUUCAGGGAGGAACUUGCUACGCAGCUGCUCGAAAUUGUGACUCUGUUUAAUGCAAACGACGUAGCACAAAGUAUCGCGCCGCUAUCCUUUCAAUUACUUAUAGAUAAGGUUGCCGCUGUUAGGAAUGUCGCGCUUGAACUAAUUACACGAAUUAUGUGUUACUUAUCCACCGAUGACGCUCUGGUUACGUCUCUUAUUCAUGAACUCCGUGACACUCUAGUUUUUAAUGCUAAAAAAUGGAUACAUCGACAAAUUUACGCACUCGUGUGUUCUCACUUAAUCCGUAACAACGCAAUCACGGGAAGCAAGUUUUCUAAAGAGAUGUUACCAUGUUUGAUAAAUUUAUCUGUCGACAGAGUACCUAACGUAAGAUUAGCCGUAGCGAGAACUCUGGCAACGGAUGUUAUUGGAAUGGGCUUAGACACUUUAGGUAUGGAAGCGAUGGAAGAAGUGGAAAGAAUGCUUACAAAAAUGCGCAUUGACGCUGACCGAGAUGUGCGAGUGUUCGCCGGAGGUGAAGAACAAUUAGACGUACUGGCUUAUUGUUCCUCCGACGAGAACAAUCAAGUCGAACAUGCAAAGCAUAUAUUAUUUUAAUAGCGAUGUAUUUUGAUCUCGUGGAUCACACUGCGGUUUUAUAUGCAAAUUAAAAAAAGAACGAAAACUCUUUAUAUAUAUAUAUAUAUAUAUAUAUAUAUAUAUAUAUAUAUACAUAUAUCACAAGCUGCACCUCGGUUCUUCCACGCGAGUGACUAGUUUUUGUAUAAAUGAUAAGCCAAAAGCGUGCGCUAGGUACUAACUAGCUGUAAAAGUCAUGCUUUGAUCGCAAAUGUAUCAGAUCUGCGUUAGCGGAUAGUUGCAGUUGCAGAUACAUUAAUGUAUUAAAACAAAGCUCAAAGUCGUCAAAUGCAUAGCGUUUGCGAUUUAGACGAAGAAUAGGUACAAUACAAUUAUACAAUGAUGACUGAUGCAUUCUUUGCGUCCUCUAAUUUACGACAGAAUUGUGAAUAUCGAUAAUCGUAUACAUAAUGAUGCAUGAUUACAUAAUGAUGCAUGAAUGUAUAUGUGUAUGUGUAUAUGCGUAAAAGAAUGCGUGUCCUACGAUUGUGAUCAAUUUGUAACGCUGAUCUCCCGAGCUCCCGAGCCGAAUAGUUGAAGGCGUUAUAUCGAUGCAAUUUUACUUGAUUUAUUUCACAAACGUUCGAUUGUAUGACUUAUCGGCACUAUAUCGCACUUCGCGUUAUUUUGUAGCAUUUUUAUUGUGCACUUUAUUUGAAACAAAAGCAGCAUAGCAUCAAAAUAUAAAUUAUACAUUAAUGUUAGGCGCAUUUUACUAGACGAUAUUUGGAAAUGUGCCAUGCAUGAAAUAUAAAAUAUAAAAUAUCUUUACAGAUAAUUUGUCAAUAAAAAAUCGUAUUGACAAAUCGACACACCGAUUCCGUAGUCUCUAUCAAUAAAUGCGCUUUAUCAUCUCAUUUUAUUUUGCAUUUAAAGAUUAUUUCGAUGGAGAUAUUUCAUUCGAUAUCCUAAAAAAACUAUAAAUAUCGCUGUUAAUAGUUAAAGGCUUAUAUUAACAAAGUGAUAAAAUUCUAAUUGUAAUAAAAUUCAUAUAGUCAUAUUUAAUAUGUUCGCAUUUUUUUCAAAUAUUUUUUUAACAAAUCACGCUGUGCGCCUACAGAAAGUACUGUUACGUCAUCUAUCCCAUUGUCAAUGAACCGCGAAUUAUACAUUACGAUACAUUUCAAUUCACAUGUUAUGCCUAAAUUGAUAAGAUAAAAAUAUUAUAUAGACGCAAAUCAAUUUUAUUACAUAUUUGUUUUUCAAGGAUUACACACAAAUGAGUGUGACAAAGGAGGGAUUCAUAGGAAACUUUAUAAAUAUUGUACGAUAUCAGAUUUUAUAACAUACAGAGAUGUGCAAAGUGCUGAUGAAGCGGAGAAUCUUGCAUUUGAUUGAAAAAGAAA